UCGGCGGGCGCGGGGGGCGAUGGCGGCGGCGCCGCCUUGGGGGUCCGGGCGGGUCCGGCCCCUGCCCGCCCGCGGCUGGUACCUCUCCGCCCGCGAGCGGCGGGAGGAGGACGAGGAGGAGGAGGAGGAGGACCGGGAGACCGCCCCGCUGCUGCUGCCGCCGCCGCCGGGCAGCAGUUCUUCAAGUCGUGGUUCUUCCUUUGCUUUCUCAGUGUUUAACUUAAUGAAUGCAAUCAUGGGCAGUGGGAUACUUGGCUUAUCCUAUGCCAUGGCCAACACAGGGAUCAUGGGGUUUAGUAUCUUGCUGCUGAUUGUUGCCAGCCUUGCUUCUUACUCUGUGUUUCUUCUGCUCAGUAUGUGCACUCAGACUGCUGUCACUUCUUAUGAAGACCUUGGCCUUUUUGCAUUUGGAUCAGCUGGAAGGGUCCUUGUUGCAACUACAAUAAUUAUCCAGAAUAUUGGAGCCAUGUCAUCUUAUCUGUUAAUUGUGAAGUCUGAACUUCCCGGGGUUGUUGCGGGGCUUUUGAGUGGAGCCGAGAGUGGGUCUUGGUACCUUGAUGGGAGACUGCUGCUGCUGCUUACUUCAGUCUGCAUUGUUUUUCCUCUUGCCCUUCUUCCUAAAAUUGGCUUUCUUGGCUACACAAGUAGUUUAUCAUUUUUCUUUACGGUGUACUUUACUCUUGUGGUUGUGAUUAAAAAAUGGUCAAUCCCCUGUCCUCUACCUCUGAGUAGUGCCAUGGAGAAUUUACAGGUUUCAAAUUCUACUGGGGAUUGUAAAGCAAAGCUCUUUCAUCUUUCAAAAGAGAGUGCUUAUGCAAUACCAACUAUGGCCUUCUCUUUUCUGUGCCAUACCUCAGUCUUGCCAAUCUAUUGUGAGCUCCAAAGUCCAUCCAAAAGGAGAAUGCAGAAUGUAACUGUCACAGGAAUUGGUCUGAGUUUCCUAAUUUACUUUAUGUCUGCUCUCUUUGGGUACCUGACAUUUUAUGACAAAGUGGACUCUGAACUGCUGCAAGGUUACUCCAGGUACCUGCCCCACGAUACCAUCAUCAUGACUGUGAGAGCAGCCAUUCUGUUUGCUGUGCUCCUGACAGUCCCUCUAAUCCAUUUCCCAGCAAGGAAGGCUGUGUUGAUGGUAUUUUUCUCUCAUCUUCCUGGGUCGUGGAUUUGCCAUAUCCUUGUCACCUUAACACUGAAUGCAGUUGUUGUUCUGUUUGCAAUGUAUGUGCCAGACAUAAAAAAUAUAUUUGGAGUAGUUGGUUCAACCACAUCAACAUGUUUGCUUUUUGUAUAUCCUGGACUAUUUUAUCUUAAACUUAACAGAGAGGACUUUAUAUCACCACAGAAACUUGGGGCAUGUGCCUUGGUUAUUUUUGGCAUUUGUGUUGGCCUUCUCAGUUUGGUUCUAAUAAUUUUCAAUUGGGUUGAUCAGUAACAGCUAUUGACACUGUCUGAACUGAACUUCAGGAGGACAGCAAGAACCAGAGAGGUGCCAACACUGCUGCAGUGAGUGCUGGACAUCCCAAAGGAACACUGACCAAAGCUGCCAAGGAAGAAGUAAAGCUCUUUUCAGCUCCAUUACUGAUGGUCCUUCUUUAAUCUUGAGUCACUCUUCAGUUACUGGACAAUUCAUCUUUGCCACUCUAAAAUAUGAGUUAUGAUGAUAUAAUAAGGACAGGUAAAAAGAUGUCAGGAAUUUCUGCAAUGCAAAAAUGGUUUAGGGCACAAGAUGAACAAAACAGAAACUUGAAAUAACUUGUCCUUUCAAAACAACAAGGUGCAUAGACAUUACAUCAGUCUUUUUAUGCAGAAUGUGAUAUAUGCACAUAGGAUAGUGCACAUUGUCCUAAUCCUUGAAAGAUUUCUGUUGCUUGACUAAUUUCCAAAAUUUCAGCCAGUUCACAGUAAGAUCUUGUUGAUUCCAAGUGUUUACCCUAAUUUAUCCUAAGAUGGACCCAAAGACCAACUGCCUUAGCUCAGUUUAAUGGGCAUGUCAUGAUAAUACUUGUUAAUUGUUUUUUAAAAUACAGUUUUUCUAUGUCAGCACACUUGAAUCAUCCUGAUGUGAUUUUUAAAUUAGCAGACUUUGCCCAUCAAGCAUAAUAGCUUUUAGUAGCAUUUUGUUUUGAUGUUUUCAUUUUGCUGUUAAUAAUAGACAUUUUUCAAUUGGAAAUUGCAAUACUUGAGUAUUCCUCCAAGUGAAAGACUCUUCUCUUUUUCUUAUUCCCAUUUUUACAAAUCUUUCAGGUUUGAACUAAAGUGUUUCUAUAUUUUAUGUUCUUUUGUGUAUCAGAGAAGAUUUGGGCUUAAAAGAUGAAAAUCUGCCUCUGUUGAAAACAAAGGGAAAUUUUACUUUUAUGGAACCUUAAUUUUACCUCAGAUGUCUAUGAACUUCCAUGUAGUCUUUUGUAAUUCCUUAUUUUUUAGCCCCCUGAAUGUGAAUGCAAUUCUUAACACCAGCUGGGCUUUUUUGGAAAUGGUAUUGGGUACCCACAAGAAAAAUUCCUCAUUUUAGUAGAUUGAAAGCAGUGGCUGAGACCAUGGGGAGGUUUUUAGCAUUUGCUUCUAUCAGGUGGGAUCUGAUGGCCCUAAAGUGGCCAUAUCUCCUCAGAGAUUUCAUGCCUAAGGAAGCAAAGGCUGAUUGAUCCUCUCCUGUCUAAAGGGGAGGAACAGCAAAUAGCAGAGUUGGAAUCACCUUCUCUAUUCCUGAUUUCUCAUGCCAGCAGAUCACUUGACUCUCUCAGGGUCCAGAAGUUACUUUUCAUUUUUGAUGGGUGGCCUGAAGGCACCAGGUGGUGCAGGCUAGUACUGCUUCAGAAAUCCUUUUUGCUUGGAAGUAUCCUUCUCCCUAGGAGUUUAAUUUAGAAAUAGACACACGUGGUGAGGCCAGGGAGCUAACUCAGAAAUUUUGGUAGGAUCCCAAAGAAAAAGAUCCCUGGAAAAGACUGCAGUUAUUUUUAUUAAAAAGUUUCUAGAAGAGGUUUCUUGUGUUCCAUGUAGUAGUUUGGCAGUACCAGAAACAGCACAUCCACACCUGGCCAGGAGUUCCCAGCUCCUCCUGUGGCACUGGCUCCUGUCAGCAUGUUUACCCAGCAGAAAACCAAGGUGACCCUGAGAUGUGCCAUUAUCUGCCUAAAAAGUGAACUUUUUUGCCAAUUCAAUUUUCCAAUUCAAACUCCCUUGUUUUUCCAAUUUAUUUUUUUCCAAUUCAAACUCCUGCUAACCAGUUGUAGGUGCUUUCCUGCCUGUGGCUGCCCUUUGAUAGCUGAGUCUCAUGGGCUUUGUUACACUGCAGGGAUUCAGAUGCUCAUGGAAUCUCUGGCACUGUUGUAGAAAACUAAAUAUAUACCUUGUAAAAGUGUACCUUGAGUCAGCACUGACAGCUGUACAUCAGGAAGUGAUUUUCUGACUGACUGAACCAAAACUUCUUUGGAAAACAGGAGAUCUUAGAUUGAUGAGAAUGAACUCAGGAUUUUUGUCAGACACUAGAAUUUAGGGAGUGUAUUUAUUAGAAAUUUUAUGGAAAUUAUUUCUCAUUUAUUAUCUGCUCUUGUAGCAUACUGUUGAGUAGUACUGGUAGGUCAUUCCUGCAGUCACUUUUAUUUUAAACUCUAACCAGUAAUGCUUAAGUCUGAAUACUUAGAUUAUCUGUGAGGGACAGAAAGCUGGCAAAGCUUUGCUGAGCUUUUGCUCUUCCCUCCUCUCCCUGAAAAAGCUGAGUCUCACUGUACUGCUCUGUUGCCCUUGGGCAGUUUGGUUUGUGUGCAUCAUCUUGAAAGUGUGACUGAAAAAAUACCUGAAAUACAGUGUUCAUUUUACAGUGGAUUCCUGUAGUGGUGCAGAAAUCACUACAGUAUUGUUUUAAUCCUUGGGUAUUAUCCUAACUAGCCUGGCUGCUGACUGACUGUCCUGACAGGUAGACUUUGGAAUGAAGAAUUGCAGUGUGUGAAGUUGAUGAGGAUGAAUGGAAGCAACUCACAGCUCUGCUGAGCUCUGGUAUUACAUUUUGGCUGCAGAAAGGAGAGCACAGAGGUUUACAGAGUGCCUGUUACCUUUCAUCUGAAAAAAAAAACAAAACUCUAGAAAUGCUGCUACUUCUGAGUUUCUGUAGUUCAUAACUUAAAAUAUAGAGGGAGGAGAGAGGGGCAGAAAAAGAAUUUCUGUUCCCAAAUUUAGAAGGUAUGAGUGUUGUCCACAAUGAAAAACCAGAGUAAUUUAUCCUUCUCAUCUCCCACAGCUGUGCUGUGCAUUGUGUCUCUCAAGGGCUUUUCUACAAUUGUGCACUUCCAUGAAGUUUUUGAGCAGAAGAGGCCUCCAGUGUGGAACUCUCAGUUCAUUUAAAUGCUGACAAAUACUUUCUUCAUUAUUCUUGCAUACAGAUAUUUUUUCUUCCAAAUUUCCAGAUUUAUGAAUUUCAGUGAUGCUACUUUAUUGCCUGUCAUCAGCAUUUUCCAACCCUCCCCACUGAAGACUUGACAAGAAUGGAUGAAGGGACUCACAGCAUUUCUGAACUCACUUGGAAAGGUUCCCUUUCCCCAGUUGAGCAGGAAGAACAAUGUGAGAGAUGAAAAUUAAUUGGUUGCCUUUGAUUUAUUUUCUCUUUUUCUCCUAUUUUCAUUCCUUGUCCAUUUGGAGGCUGCUCAAGUUUCAGCUGGACUGUGGUAAGCUGGGUGUGAAGAGUGGUUUUUGUAACCAGCAUGGCAGGAAGGAGACUGCUAAACAACAGUGCUCAAAACUAGGAUUAUUGUGGAACUCCUUUCCUAGUUAGAUUUAAUUUAACACUUUACCUGAAAUUAUUGUUUUCCAGUUGAUUUUGAUGUUGAAACCGUUCAGUGCAGCUGCUCUCCAUACAAAGAAACCUUCGCACAUGUUUAAUCUUACUGCCAGUGGGAGAGAAUUUUCAAUAUAAAAGUGCUGUGUAAUUCCUGCAGUUUGUGGUGGUGGUCUUGGUAUUUGUGUGCUUCAGUAGUGUUCAUCCAGCCAUGCUUCAUGUGGAAAUGGAAUUCCCAAAAGAAAUUAAUAAUCUGGAUGUAAAAAUUGCCCAGCUCAUGUCAAACAUGUGUGUCGUACAACAGAUUUUCUGUUCUGAGUUCUCCUUGCCUCAGAGUCGCUGUGGAACAGCCAGAGCAUGUUCCAAAAAAUGACCAGCAAAAAAUAAAGAAUGGUUUACACUCUA